AGGAGCUGGCCAGGCGUUUCGAGUGGUGAGGAUAAUAGGGUAGGCCACUGUUGGUUGGUGUUUCAAUCCUGAAUAAAAGGUCAGUCCAACAAUAAGAGAAGGUAAAAAAAUCGUUUUUAGGAAGCCUAACACUCUCUGUGCCUGUGAACCAGUUGGGAAUUAUUUGAAAUGCAGGAGAUCCAACAGAAAAUCUGUUGAAAGAAAGCAAAAGUGGAUCCUGGUGUCCCAUAAAUACAGGAGCGCAAAAAGGUAGUGGACAGAUUCAGCUAUGGCAGUUUCUCCUCGAACUCCUGUCAGACAGCGCCAACAUGUCCUGCAUUACCUGGGAAGGGACGAACGGAGAAUUCAAGCUAAUUGACCCAGAUGAGGUGGCCCGGCGAUGGGGCGAGCGCAAAAGCAAGCCCAACAUGAAUUAUGACAAACUCAGCCGCGCAUUGCGCUACUACUAUGACAAAAACAUCAUGACAAAGGUCCAUGGGAAGCGAUAUGCUUACAAGUUCGACUUUCACGGCUUGGCCCAGGUGUGUCAACCCUCAACAACAGAGCAAGCUCUUUAUAAAUUCCAGAGUAAUUUUGCCCCUAUUCCCUUUUCAGGGAUUUCCAAGCUAAGCCUUGUUGGUCCAGGCGUUGGUCCGUCCGGAUUCUCCUAUUGGCCGGGUUCGCCACCGACUCUCUACCACAGUCACAACCUCCAACCCCCGGGUCCGUUUGGUGCUGUGUCCGCUUCGCACAUCAACUGUGUCAACAACAUCAACAACCUGAAUAACAUCAAUAACCACUACAAUUGACUACUAUUAAUCCACCAAUGAGGCAUAAUCAUAAUUCUCGAUGAUUGAUGUAGUUUAAGGCGUGUCUUUUUGGAUUAGGCCUAAUUAUGAUUUUUCCUUUCGAAACAUUGUCUUAUCCUAACUGAAUAUGCCAAGGCGCAAUUCAUUAAACAUUUUGUGGAAUGUUUCAAAUGCAAUAACAUGCGUUUUCAGAUAGGCUAUGUGUUUUAGACUAAAUUCAGAUUAAGAACCAUUUUCUUGACAAUUUGUUUUGUCUUUGAUUCGACAGGACACUGGUGCCUACACCUCUGAAAUUGCCUGGGCUUUUAGCGCCAUCAUGUGGCUAUAAAUUAAACAUAUAAAUACUGAAUUGAUCUCAGAUAGGUUUGCAGUGCACUAAUUUCAAAGUAGGAUUAUUAGUGCCGAUCUAAAAACAUUAUGGAGAUAAAGAUAUGUCGUCGCCAAUAUAUUCCCUGAUGACUCCCACUUUAAAUAGCCUUCGUUAUUUUAAAGUUCCAAUACAGACGUGUUUAUCUCAAUAUCAAAUCAUUUCUGGGUAACUAUUAAGUACCUUACUGUCUUUGUUUUCAAUUAAAAUGGU